AUGUUAAAAGUCCUUCCACCAACAACGUUUCUGGGCGAUCGGCCAAAGGCGAAAUGUGGUGAAAUUUAUUUCCAUAGCUCCAGAGAUUUUACAAUUCUGUGUGUAUGUGGUUUGAAGCAUUUCGUCUUUGAUGAUUUCCUGUUGCACAUCCAAAAUGUCCACUUUGAAAAUGAUUUACUUAAAACGGAGUCCUUUGAUAACAAAAGCAACACUCAGAGUGUGACAGCGGAAGUGCAAAUAAAAUCAGAAUCAGGUGAUACACAACCUGCCGAAUAUGAUCAAUUACACGAAGAGGAAAUCUGGGAUAGUCAGGCAUUGAUUGGUGGUGAAGAGGAGGAUUUUCUCUCCAGUCAUGAUAAUAUUGAUGGUGAUGCGGAUGAUGACCAUCAUAAUAAUGAUGAGUAUAGCGACAAUGACAGCUAUGGGGAGGAGGUUAUAACCGUGUUGAAAAAGGAACCCCAAACAAAGGUAAAAAAGGCUAAGAACAAAAUUAACAGUGAUUUUGAAGAGGAGGCGGAGGAUGAUGAUGAUGGCGAUGAAGACAACCAUAGCUCCGAUGAGGACUAUAAGCCAAUUUUAAAUACUGAUGGCACUACCACCACCACCACCUCCAACACAAACCAAUCCUGUGUGGAAUGUGAAAUUUGCAACAAAUCCUUUCGAAAUGAGAGAUCUUUGAAGACACACAUAAAACGGGUACACGAUACAAGUGAAGAAAAAAAGUGCACCAGCACCGAGAUCAAAGAACACAUUUGUCCCGACUGCAAUGAGGUGUUCCCAAAAAGGAAAUAUUUAGAUAAACAUGUUGUUGUGGCACACGAGGGCUGGAAAUGUUCUGUGUGUGAAUCGCGCCACAAGCAACGCCAUCAACUGAAGCGCCAUGAAAAAACCCACAAUGCCGAAAAAACCUUCACCUGCCCCAUGGCGGGAUGUGGUAAAAGUUUUGCCGAAAAAUACUACCUGAGGCGGCACAUCGAUGUGCACAAAACCGAUCGUAGUUUCUGUUGUGACUUCGAAAAUUGUGGCAAGUUGUUUGCCACCAUGCGCCGUCUGCGGGCCCACCAAAACAUCCACACAAAACCGAAAAAUCUCAUCUGCGACGCGUGCGGCUAUACGUGUCGGGAAAAUGAAACAUUGCGGGUACAUCAACGUUCACACACUGGCGAGAGGCCCUAUGCCUGUGAGGUGUGUCAGAAACGCUUUGUAUCCAGUUCGGCAUUGGGCGAACAUAUGGCAUCGCAUUCAACGGAACGGCCGCACAUCUGUAAGGUCUGCAAUGCCUCGUUUGCCCGCCAGAAAGCUCUCUAUCAUCAUAGUUUUCUACAUUUGAAUGUGAAGAAAUUUAAAUGUAAAAUAUGUGGUAGUGCCUAUAAGCAGGCAUCGGGAUUAGCGGGGCAUAUGCGUAAGCAUCGUGAAGAGGGUAUGAUGUCAAUGGUACCUGAAAGAAAAACAAAUGUUGCGGUGGGAGGACAGCAGGCGCUGGCGCCGUCAUCUACCUCUUCCGGUGUUGGACCAACAGCAACUACAUUAAAGUUAACAUAUGUCCCGACAACAUAUUCUUUUAGUACAUUUUAA